CUCGCUGCCUCCACACCGCAGCAUGCCGUCCGUGACCGCACGUCCAGUCUGACCAGCAACCCCUCGUUUUACCGAUUUUUAUACUUUUUUUAUAUUUUCAAGCUGAAGUUUGGGCUCCCCGCUUGGUCAGCAGCAAUGCCCCACCAAGAGCAACCCAUCGCCCGUGGACCCGUACCGGUACCGGUCAUCAUCCAGACCGACUCACGAGACAAAUGGAGCAAGAAGAUCGACUUUCUGCUGUCCGUGAUCGGCUUCGCUGUGGACCUGGGCAACGUGUGGAGGUUCCCCUACAUCUGCUACCAGAACGGCGGAGGUGCGUUCCUGAUCCCCUACGUCCUCAUGGCUGUGUUUGGGGGUGUGCCGCUCUUCUAUAUGGAGCUCGCUCUGGGUCAGUUCCACCGGACCGGCGCCAUCUCCAUAUGGAAGCACAUCUGCCCCAUUUUCAAAGGCAUUGGUUUUGCGAUCUGCAUCAUCGCUCUGUAUGUGUCGUUCUACUACAACACCAUCAUCGCCUGGGCGCUCUUCUACUUCUACUCGUCCUUCAGCAGUACUCUGCCCUGGACCAGCUGUGACAACACCUGGAACACGGAGAACUGCACCAACUACUUUGGCAAAGACAAUGUCACCUGGACCAACUACUCUCGCUCGCCCGCCGAGGAGUUUUAUACGAGGAACGUUCUUGAACUGCAUGAUUCGUCCGGUCUGGGGAACGUUGGGACCAUUCGCUGGCAACUGAUGCUCUGCCUCUUCCUCAUCUUUACCAUCGUUUACUUCAGCCUGUGGAAAGGGGUCAAAACAUCAGGAAAGGUGGUCUGGGUGACCGCCACUCUUCCGUAUGUGGUGUUGUUCAUUCUGUUGAUUCGGGGGGCAACUCUGCCAGGAGCGUGGAGAGGGGUGGUCUUCUACCUCCAGCCCAAAUGGGAGAAACUCCAAGAGACCAGUGUGUGGGUGGACGCUGCUGCUCAGAUUUUCUUCUCUCUGGGCCCUGGCUUUGGCGUGCUGCUCGCCCUGUCCAGCUACAACCCCUUCACCAACAACUGCUACAGAGACGCCAUCGUGACCAGUUUGGUGAACUGCCUGACCAGCUUUGUGUCAGGGUUCGUGAUUUUCACUGUGCUGGGCUACAUGGCUGAGCAGAGACAUGUUAGCGUAGAGGAUGUGGCCAAAAACAAAGGCCCAAGUCUUCUGUUCAUCACCUACCCAGAAGCCAUUGCAAACAUGAUGGGCUCUACAUUCUUCGCCAUCAUCUUCUUUGUGAUGAUGAUUACGCUGGGGCUGGACAGCACGUUUGGCGGUCUGGAGGCUAUAAUCACCGCAGUGAUGGACGAGUACCCAGACCUCCUGUCUCACAGAAGAGAACUGUUUGUGCUGGGAUUGGUGGUGGUGUGCUUUUUGGGCUCUCUCAGCACCCUUACUAAAGGAGGUGCAUAUGUUGUAAAAUUGCUCGAGGAGUUUGGAGUCGGUUCCUCCAUAAUCGCUGUUGUCUUCCUGGAGGCCACUGCCGUCUCCUGGUUCUAUGGCAUCAACAGAUUCAGCAACGACAUCAAAGCCAUGCUGGGCUACACUCCUGGACUGUUCUGGAAGGUGUGCUGGGUGGCAAUCAGCCCGGCAUUUCUAGCUUACAUCAUCAUCAGCUCGCUGCUGAACCCUUCGCCCCUCACACUGUUUGACUACCGGUUUCCUGACUGGAGCAUCACUGUGGGUUACAUCAUCGGCAUCUCCUCCUUCAUGUGGAUUCCCAUAUACAUGGUGUACAAACUGGUGUGGACCCCCGGCUCACUCAAACAGCGUCUGGCUGUUUGCCUGCGGCCCGAGAGGACGCUGCCGGACAUUCACACGGACACUCUGGGACUGACUCCUGUACCUUAGGCCAGCCCAAAGACACACUGGAACUGAACAGGAUCAACACACGAAAGAGGACACAUAGAGUCCUCCGAUUAAAGAAGCAAUAAGUAGCAUCUUUUGUCCGACUUAACAAUUGCAAUAUUUGCCAAGGUGUACAGUCAGGAAACAGGAACCGGGGGGGGGGGGACUUUACUUUCAAAUUUGGGCCAAACAACGAAAGAAGGAUUUCACAUUACAGUGUCAUUCAGCAGAUUUUAUUUUUCUAACAAAGAUCAAGUUCGUACAACAGGAGGAAUCUCUGCCAACAUACUAAAUUCUGUGCUCUUUAGCGCUGGGCUACAUUCAUUUAGGUUCAAUUUUCAUUGCAUUGGAAAAUGCUACUUAUUGCUCCUUCAGCUUCAACAUCACUUGACGAUUUGGGCAGACAAAUUGUCGCUGCGGUCCAUGCAAAUGUUCAACCAAAUCGGUGUUGGGUAAUAUUUUUGAAACUAGUACGUGGAAUAAUAAAGUUAGCUAUAAAACAAUUGGGCCAAAAAGCUUUGGAAACUGCUAAAUGGUUGAUGUCUCUUAUUAUUUGUUUACUAUUGAAGAGUUUAGUCAUUUUUUUCAUAAUUGAGUUCGGUCAGUGUAACAUCAAGAAUGGAAAGCUAUUGAGAAUCAUGCACAUGAGAAUACCUCGCGAGAAUCUCGGCUAAAGAGAAGAGAAGCCAUGCGCUUCUCAGAAGGUUCUGGAGAAUUUCCGGUGUGUUCUGCCUUAACUCUGCCUGAAUAUUGUUAGCUAUUCUAUGUCAAAACAUCUUUGUAAUCAUCUGUAUUGGUAGUGUGCCUCUGGGGAACUUACACUUAAGAAGACUGUUUUAAAAAAGAAUUCUUCACUCCCUGACGAGACUUGAGCGUGACACCUAUAGCCGAGUGUACUUCUUCCUUUUGUUCUGUUUUUUGGGAAAAACAACAGCUGAGGAUGUUUCCAAAUUCGCUAUGAAUGUUCAAUUCUGAUGAGAAACGCGUUCU